GAAAUGAAGACAUUUGGACAUGAAGGGUGGUGGUGGUGACUGAGUUCAUGUGACAGGUCUGCCAGCCACGUCUAUAGACAAAACAUUGUAGGCCUACCAAGUGCAUCACAAAACUAGAUUACUUGGCUACCUUUAACUCCAACUGAAUCUGUGAUGGAUGUGGAUUAGAAGCUCACACCUUCUUAUUUUUUUUAUUCUGAUGACGUGGCCUAUACUUUCAGUAUCUGUUUUAAAUGAGUGUGAGGAAUUUUAACUUUAUUUCCUGAAAAUCUCCAGAACUACUUUCUUUUAAGGUCUCCCAAAGUCUCAAUAGUGACAUCUGGUGGUAAGGCUGUGUCACUUCUGGUAAACUUUCUUUCCCUGUAUAUCUCUGUAUGAAAGGUAUUAUUACUGCAGCUCGUAGAAGUUCUAAAGUAGAAUUUCUAACAAGAAGGUUUUUCUCUCUUCAAAACGGAAACUGAAGAACACAGAUUUGACUUAUGGUCUUAAUAGAUUUACUCUUCUUAUAGUGAAGUACUCAAGGGCAGUGGUGUCCCCGUCAUGUACGUACAGUAUUCUCUAGGAAUGUUGGAUACACCUGAAGUUUAUAGAUGGUUUAUGGUGGCUGUUUCUCCUGCCUGGGGCAUGGGAGAAUCCCGGGCCCCAGGUCAACACAUGUAAAGCAGGAAAAGCCUUUUUUAAAAUAAGCCUUGAUUAACUGUAAAUAACUCCCUACGUGGGUCGACAGCAGCGCUUGGCUCUGUAUCUGCAUUUGAAUGGGAGGCAGCGCCGUAAAGCUAAUGCGUAAACACUCCUUAUCGCAACACCAUUAUGCGCGGUUAAACCUUUAUCUUCUCUGCUGAGAAACUUGCAUGCUGUUAAGUCUCCAGGAUAUGUAGGGGUAAAUGUUAGUUAGAGGACUUUACGGGCUUGCCAACUGUUUAUGCGCUCUGGUGCAGGCAGAGGAGAGGCUUACUGUAGGUUUCUGUGGGGAGAAGAAGGGAGCCAGACAGGCGACAGUCAGCGCUGUCUUGGCCUCAGGGCAGAGGCAGGGAACGAGCAGGCGAGCCAAUGAGAAGGAGACAUUCACUCCCCUCUCUCCUGCCCGGCUUGGCUCAGCUCGGCGCGCCCUGUAAUUACAAGCUCUAGUUGGGUUGGGCGCCGCCACCGUGGACAGCCCGGCUGCUGCGUCAAGGGAGUUUGGGAAACGCCAGCUCCAGACUGUGAGGACUUCAGAGCACUCCUGGUUUACAGUUUAGACCAAACAAAAAGUUCUGAGAAUGAACGGACAAUCCUCACCUGCCUUCGAGGAGAAGAAACCUUCCCUCCCCGUGGCUGGGAACUCCAUCUCGGCCACCAAGGAUUCCCCGACCCUGCCGGAGUCCUCAUCCACAGACAUGAGCUUCUACAGCGGGCAGAGCGCGCUCCACGGGUCGCAGGAUUUCUACCCGGCGCAGCAGGCUUACUCAGCCCAACACAUGAACCCUUACGCGUACCACCACUAUAACCUGAACGGAAUGGGUCCAGGUGGUGCCUACCCUGUUGGCAAGGCAGAAUACGCGUACCCCCAUGCGGGAUACAGAGAGCACGGUGCAUACAGCAGGGAGGUCCAGUCAACGCUGCAGGACGGUGUGAAAGAAGAACCAGACGUGGAGGUUCGGAUGGUCAACGGGAAGCCAAAGAAGGUGCGCAAGCCGCGGACCAUCUACUCCAGCUACCAGCUCGCAGUCCUGCAGAGGAGAUUCCAGUCGGCGCAGUACCUGGCCCUACCGGAGCGGGCCGAGCUGGCUGCACAGCUGGGCCUCACUCAGACACAGGUAAAAAUUUGGUUCCAGAACCGUCGCUCAAAAUUUAAGAAGCUCUACAAAAAUGGAGAGUUUCCACUCGGGGAUAUUCCUCUUGAGCAUAGUCCAGAUGCAAGCGAUUCCAUGGCCUGCAAUUCUCCUCCAUCCCCAGCUGUGUGGGAAAACAACAACAGCAACAAUAACAACAACAGCAGCACCAGCAGCAGCAACAACACAAAUAAUGGCAGCAUCAAGAGUAAUACAAUGAUGGAUCCUACCAGCAGGGGGCAGGGUCCCUAUCAGCCUCCAGUUGACUCCACGCCUGCCUGCAUGGGAGACUACACACACCAGAACUGGUACCAGCAGCAGGGUGCACAUUUAAGUCUGUCACAGUCAGGACAGACGCACCACACGCCAUCAGCAACACCGUCAGCCACACAGAAUAUGGGAGCCGUCUACUGACGCUGAAACAUGCACUCUGCACAGCAGUUUGACUGGGCUCCUGCGCUUAAACACGGGGGUAUUUCUUUGGAUGAGCGCUGUUGUGAAAGGAAACACCUGACAGUCAUCAUCAGACACAAGACUGCAAAACCAGACACACAUGUUGUAAUCAGGCUUUUUUACACUAAAUGUGGCUUGAGACCAAGUGCUGUCCUCGUUCACCCUUUUGUCUUCAGCUCUGAAACUUCUGAACUACCAACACCAUAACAUAGAGGUUAUCAUGGAGAUUAGGGUGAUUGAUCUUGGUUUUUCUGACAUCUUUUGUCUGAAAUCACUGAUAAGAAAUAAUAUUUUAAAUAUGACCGUAUUUAUACAAAAACUUGCUUUGCUUCAGUUGUCCCCUUACAGUGUUCUCCUGGAAAGGGCCUUGGUCAGCACUCUAAAACAGAAUACUACUGAAAUCCCCACCACUCCAACAUGGGGAACUUUGCAAUAUGUACAGCUUUAAAUUUACAGAUUGUGAAAGGAAAUUUGAUGUAGCUGUGAUCAGACACUCCAUGGCAAAGGUGAACAACACUGAAAGGCUGAUAACCUUUUAAAAUAACACAUCAAUAACGACCAAACACAGGAGACAAACUGUGGAGAGACACUGAAAUGAUUCCUGAGAGGGUGGUUUUUUUUUUGUUUUGUUUUGUUUUUUAAUAUAUAUAGAACAAUUUACAAACUGAAUUGAAACUCUUUCCACAAGGAGCAUGUUGUGAGAAUAACAAAUGGAGGAUUUACUUUUGUAGCUCCAGCGCAUUUUACCUGCCCUUCAACAAGUGUUCUCCAAAUAAUGUUUGCAUCCAAAUAUUUUUUUGUCUAUAGGUUUUGUUUUUUUUUUUUCCUAUAAAGCAUGCCUGGAGCAGGUGGUAGUAGAAGUGUAUGGGACCUGUGGCUGUUUCACCAGUGAAAAGCUUCAUGUUGUGUAAACCAUUUUGUGGCUCCAGAGGUAGCUGAGUGAAGUGUGAUAAACUGCCUCCUGUGAUGUCAUUUGAGUCAGUCUGGACGACUAAAAGUUUGAAAAUGACAAAAAUAAAAAACUGCCGAUGUUGAGUUACAAAGAAGUGGGCUUACCAGAUCUCUGUAGCCUCGUUUCUGCUUUAGGCUAGAGGCUACAUUAGCACUGCUAGCGUAGUACACCUCUGACCUGUCAGCAGUCAAGUUGCAUUGUGAGUAAGGUAAGCACUAGUUUUAAAAAAAGAUGAUAUUUCUGGUGUUGCUGCAUUGUUUCUAAUCCUUUUUUUUUUUUUGAGCCGUCCGUCUGAGAGUGUAAUGAGUGCAGGAUGCAAAAUGCUAAUUUAUACGUUGAUUUCACACAUUAAAGCAGCUUAGAGGUGUAUUGUAAAAAAUAAUCUGCUUUUGGAAAUUUCUUCCCUCACCUGAUACUGUACCGAUGCCUUCAAAUCAGUGUGAGCAUGAAAAAGCUUCAUAAAGUUUAACCGCAGGGAAAAGGGAAUGUCCAUUUGAAGACUUGCAAAUCAUUUUUCAUUACUGUUAUGACAGUAAAUCAAUCUGUCGUCAUAAACCUGGCAUCCACUGCAGUUUGGCUGAGCCAGUUUUGGCAAAGAGGGAAACAACGCAGUGGUUGAAAGAAAGUAAAAGCGCCAACUUGUUGAUUUUCCUGCAGAUGAUUUAGACAAAAAAAACUGGAGGAAGCAUGUGCACUGUAAAAAUAUUAUUCUAGUAUAUGUUUCAUUCUCAAGUGUUAUGUCAGUCAGAUUGUGGGGUAUGAGCAGCAGUUCAGAAGUGACACACUGCUAUAAUGUAAUGUAGAGGGAGCCGAAAUGCCUGAGACAGAUCAAACAUCCACACCCUUUCUGAAGAUUGGCCCUGUGCAGCUUAUUCUCUUAAGGGAUUAUACAAAUCACAAUCAGUGAUUUGUGUUUAGUGGAUUUUUCGUUCUGUUAAAGGGCUCCUCCAUGGAUUUUGUCUCUCGCUAUCAAAAAACUGUGGGGCUUGCAAGAGACACAUUUUAAGAAGGGACAAAACUGAAAUAAGACCAACUGACCAGUGACCAAUAGAUCCUGAAGUCAAGCUCCAACAACAGUGCAUCCUACCCCUCCCAUCAGACACCACUGAGUUUUUGAAAGUGAGAGAUAUCUUUUUCCAGUAGUUUUCUAUGGACAGUGAAUGCUUUAUGUGAGCUGCUCAUAGGCCCAUUGGUGGCUCAUGUUUAAGGCCCUCGAAGCAACAGAGAGGCAACAGGCAACAUUUACAUUUUUAGAUGAACUGACAAGCAAGGCCUACUGUAGUGGUGACUAUAAAGUUACACUUGGAAGCAGCACUCAUGGAGGACAAACUAGUGGUGACUGUUGCUGGAUACUUUACCAACCAUAAUGACCAUGAACUCAUAAUGAACUCAAAACGGCAGGCCUGGAGACUAAUUCAUGCAGUACUCGAGAUUUCAUUUAAGCUGUUUUCAUGUAUACGAAUACAACGUAAUUUGCACUACCGUUUAUCAUUUAGUUAAGUCACACAACAUGACUCAAGGGUCGCAUCUACACCUUUCCGAUGUUUAUAAUGUUGGUAUUCAGUCCGCUAGACCCAAAAACAAACAAAAGCUCAGCAGCUUGUGAAGCAAGACCCUGCAAGAACUGUCCCCUAACCCAACCUGAGCCUUGAAUAAACCACCAUCCAGGUGAAGCUCCUCGAUCAACCCGUGGUAAUUCUCUGUGAAUUUUCAUCUUUCUGAGGGUCUCUCUUUCCCUUUGCCCAGUGUAUUAUUUGAGAACAGCCUGCAACCUUCAGUAUGAACCAGAGCAAGUGUCCUCUGCUAGUUCAUUUAUAUAUAUAUAUAUAUAUAUAUAUAUAUAUA